AUGUCCUCCUCGAGCCUGCUCACAUAUCCCUUCUCCCCUCCACGUCCGAACUCCCGCCCUUCAUCGCGCAGCUCAGUCCGCUCGAGCGGACGAUCUGCCAGCCCCGUCGUGACGCUAUCAGACGACACAGUGGCCCUGCGACAUCAAAUGUCCACGCUGAAGCAUUCCAUUAGACACCAGCAGGCACAACUUCAGUCCCUUGAAAACCAGAUCUUGCGUGGACCGCGUCCUCUACCACCGGGCAUCAUGAACUCGCCACCACUGUCGCCAACCGCGGAGCUUGAUCAACCACCGCCAACAAGCCCUCCUACCGCGUUCUCUCCAAGAAUGCAGAAGCGCAACAGCUUCGAGAUCCUGCACAGUCUUGCCGGACCAGACUCGAAUUUGCCUUUACCUUUGCCCAAGCGUGAAGAUAGAAGGCUGUCGUUUGGAGAGGAGAAUGGGAUUCGGGAGGGCAUCCCGACAUCGUCGGGCCAUCGCCCGCCAAGUCCGACCCGAACACUGAGCCGAAUACCUGUCUCCUCAGUAGGCAACGCGCGCGCGCUGGCAGAGGAAGGGCAACAAGACAGCUCGUACGCAACCUCGUCCCUCUCCACAAGCCUGUCCGCGUCGACCUCCACACUGAGUCCUGCCACAUCCCCUAAUAGACGAUCGUCCUUCGCGCCCGGAAACACCACGAAAGUCCUCGCCGACUUGCAGGCGGGGGUGCUGAACGCGAAGAACGCGCUCGAGAACACGAAGGCGCAGCUGCGGCUGAGCCAGCGGCAGGUGAGUCAACUGACGCGCCAAACGGAGGACCUGAAGGAGGUGCGCGAACGGCUGCGGUUAGAGAACGAGGGUUUGAAUAAUGUCGUUGCGAGGAAGGAGCGGCUACUGCAGGAGGUCCUCGAGCGUGCGCGCAAAGCCGAGGCGGAGGUCAUAACCCUCAAGUCGCAGCUCAAGCUCGAGACGACGAACUCGAAGAAAUCGCUCCGCGAGAUGGAUUCCUCCCUUGUGGAAGCCACUGCGCGCUCCCAGAAGGCGGAGCGUGAGUAUAUCGUUCUUCGGGAUUCUCUGAAGGGUCUUGCGGCCUCCUUCCAGGCUGACACUGAUAGUCUGCGGAACGAGAUGCGUAAGAGAGAAGAAAAAGUCUUGCGUGAAGCUGAAGAUAUGGGUAAGAAGUACAGUACGCUCGUGGAAGAAGUGAGAAAGGAGAGAGAGGAUGGUGGUGCAGGAAUGGGGGAGGUGAAACGCUUGCGCGAUGAGCGCGAGCAAAUCCGCAAGGAGAUUGAGGACAGCUUCCGAGAGGACAUCGGCCAGUUGAGGGUGGAGGUGGAGAAGGCGGGGAGGGAGAGCGAAGAGGCAUGGCAGACGGCAAAGUCUCUGGCGGAAGAACUGGGACGACUGCGUCGACUUAUGCGAACUGCAGGGGAUCCCCCACCCGUGUCUCUAGACGCCUUGCCUCCUCCAUGA